ACAGUGUGGUUCAGUACAAACUGCAGCAGCCCGUGAUCGCUCGCUUCCUCCGUCUCAUUCCUCUGGACUGGAACCCCAACGGGAGGAUCGGCCUCAGGCUGGAGACCUAUGGAUGCCCUUUCACCUCUGAUGUCAUGAGUCUGGACGGCGUCAGCAGCAGUCUGGUGUUCAAGUUAAGUCCCGGGACGAGGCAGACGUCCAGAGAUGUCAUGUCUCUGCAGUUCAAAACCCUGAGGAAUUCUGGGACGCUGCUGCACAUAGAGGGAGAGGGAGGACUCGGCCUCAGUCUGGAGUUAGAGAGAGGAAAGCUGCUGCUGCUGCUCAGAAAAGGUAGGACUCCAUCCUCUGAGCCCCGGCGGCUGGCUUCCAUCGGCAGCUUGUUAGAUGAUCAGCACUGGCACCAUUUGGCGUUCGAGCGACGCAGCUCUCACCUCAACCUCACGGUGGACAAACACACAGAGAGGGUUCAAAUCCCUGCAGAGUUCAGCCACUGGGACAUCAAGCAGCUGAGUGUAGGCGCAGUUCAGAGUCCGGCUUCUCAGAAACAAAUCGCCUCCAAGAGGAACUUCCAUGGCUGCCUGGAAAACCUGCAGUUCAACGGCCUGAACCUGAUAGAGCUAGUAAAACACAAAUACCACCAAGUUACAGUAAUG